AGGAACAAGGGGUCAAACAAAGGUUAUCUGUAAUGAUUUCAUGGAGAUCAGAAGCUCGUGAUGAGAAUUUUUUUCUUUGCAGGGCACAACAACAGGAGCAGCAGCAGCAGAUUAGCAGAGCCCCAACGAAUAUCCAGACCACCCUUCUUUUCUUUCUUUUCUCGUGAUCUCUCUCCCUCUCUUUGCUUUUCCAAAUAUAUAUAUAUAUAUAUAUAUAUAUAUUUGCUUCAUCCUUGCAAGCGUUGCCUUAGACCAAGACAGUUUCAACCAGACAGAAAGAGAAAGAAGAGCAGGAGAGGCUCGUGAUCAAGUAGGUUUAAAGCUUUAGACUUGGGGGUUUAUUAAGGGACCCAGAAGGUGGAAUCUCAUUAAGAGGAGGAAGGGAUACUCAGAAGCUUAAAAUUUUGGGUUUUGAGGUUCGAUUGAGGGGACCCAGUUCAAUAAAAGUUGGAAGAAGACAACCCUGAAGAUUGAAAAAUAACUUCUAGGUUUCUUUUUUGGGAACCAGAUAAUUAAUUCCUCAUUUUAAAGGAAGAAAUUCCAUCUCAGGAGUCAUCAGUCAUUAAAGGUUUUGAAGAAACUAAGCUUGUUUGGGUUGAAGGUUGUUAGUUGAAGAAGCCAUUGGAGAAAGAGACGGAGAGGAAAAUGGGGAGUUGUGGAAGAAAUGGAGCAGUGAGACAGUAUGUCAGGUCUAAGGUACCUCGUCUUAGAUGGACUCCUGAUCUUCAUCGCUGUUUUGUUCAUGCAAUUGAAAGGCUUGGAGGCCAAGACAAGGCUACCCCAAAGUUGGUUCUUCAGAUGAUGGACAUCAGGGGGCUUAAAAUUUCACACGUUAAAAGCCAUCUUCAGAUGUAUAGAAGCAUGAAGAGUGACCUGAACAGACAAGACAUGCAUUCAACCCAACAAAGGAAACACUCUUUUGAUGAUCAUGAUGGAUGUAAUGAAGAUGAGAAGAAUGAUGUGGGUUUCCUCCAGUCUUCUUUUCCCAUCAAAGAUUCUGAUUCUCAGUUCAUCUAUGGAUCUCUCCCUCCUAAAAGGGCUAGAAUAGAGAGUGGUGGAAUAAAGGAGAGUUUAAGAUGGCAUCAGGCAGACGCUCCUUCCUCAGCCUUCUCUAUGACACAUCACCUUUACAACCUCAAUGCUUUCGGAUAUGCAAUCGAAGAAUCUGAGCUCUUCAAGAUUUCUAGACUAGAUGAUCAACAACAGACUUCAUUCACAAGGAACCACAAAAGGGAGAACACCGAAAACAGUUUUCAGUCUAGUACUGAUAGAGAUGAUCAUGUCACUGAGGAAGAAGCUGGUGAUUGCACCCUCUCACUGUCACUCUCUUUGCGUCCAACAACACAAGCAAGUAAUACGUUGUCCGCGAGUGAAAUUAGUGAAUCUGAUAUAAAUUUGGAUCUCUCAAUCUCCCCUUGUGGUAGUAAUUGUUGGACAGUGUAAAUCCUAUAUAUGUUUUUCCAUGAAAAUCUAUCCUUCUUUUUCUUGUUACAAGUUUUUAUUCCAUUUAUAUUAAAUUAUGAUCCUCCCUUCCUUGAUCUA